UGCGUACUGCUUAGUAAUAAGGAGGUUGACGUAUAUUUCCAAUGGAUGUAUUUCCAAACUAUGAUGUGGCACCGUAGAGAAGCGGUCUGCGCUAGAUAACAACAUUGACGGUGUUAUACUUUGAGUGAAGCUCCUAAUGAAGCAACAUGUUGGGUGCUGGAGUAUCCAACAACAAGGUCAAGUAUUCACGGCUGGCUGCUGAUGAAGACGGUUACAUAGACUUACAGUUCAAGAAAAGCCCGACAAAGGUCCCAUACAAGGCGAUUGCACUGGCAAUAUUCCUGUUUUUGAUUGGCUCCUUACUGAUAAUCUUCGGGGCUCUUCUUCUGUCGGGAACCAUUAAGGUCGAGAACCCAGACCGCACCAUUCCUGUCAUCAUCAUAGGGCUGCUCGUUUUCCUCCCUGGAUUUUACCAUUUGAGAAUCGCCUACUACGCCGCAAAGGGUUACCGGGGUUACUCCUACGACGACAUCCCAGAUUUUGGCGACUGACCCCUCCACUCGCCACUGCUGUAUACCCUGAGACUGUUGCCUGCUGUUUACUUUCUUAUGUAUGUAGCUAAUAAUGCAAAACUGUAUCACUGGAGACACGUGUUUUGCUGUUUUUUAUGAUUCUUAUGAUUUAUUUGACGCUCUGUGUUGUAUUGGCCUCCACGCAAAAGCUGGACGAACCUUAGAGGCUUUAUAUAUUCAACUUUAUUUACAAAGAAGCAAACACUUAACGAGUAGAGGACCACUGUCCACAUGUCGCUGUUGUACAUUACUCACCACUCAUUCAAGAAGCAAAACACCUUGGAUGAGUGGUGAAACAUUUUCAGAGACUACACAGAGGCCUUUGAACUUACCGCUGCUGGGACGUCCUGGGUGACUGAGAAGGUUUGUGUUCUUUGCACAGUUGCACAGCUGUUUCAUAGUGUAUCUUAAACAAAUAUUUAUUUGUGACUGUAGUCUUAAAGUCUUAAUGAUUUAAUGCAGAGCUCAGGGGGACUGUAUUUCUCCUGAAAGAUUGUAUUUGCAAUGCUAUCCAAAAAUGGAUUACCCUGUUGAAGUACAGUAUAUUUUUUGACUGAAAUGUAUUACUUUCUGUAUGAAGUAUUGCCGUUGGUGCAUAUUCAAUUGAUUUUGAAUAUCAAAGAAAGAUGUAUUUUUUACAUGCAUUGCUUGAUUUAAAAAAAUAAAAUAAAAGUAGAAAUCUGAUCUAGAA